CCAUCGAAAGUGCACGAUCUACGUGUACGUGCCGUAGGUGCCACCAGUUUGUUGAUCACAUGGCAGCCACCACGUUAUCCGAACGGAAAUAUUCGUGGAUAUUUCCUCACUUUUGAGAAUUCAACAACCGGGAACGUCGAAGAAACAUAUGUGUUAUAUAGACAAUUGUAUUAUUUAUACGAGGAAGCUGAACCGGAUACUGGUUACAAGGUGUCUGUUUGGGCUGAGACGAAUGGAGGUGAAGGUGCGAAAGUUAUGAGGGCCGUUAGAACAUGGCCAUUUAGAAGUUCGUUGGUAUCGUUAUUGAUAUUUUUGUCGUUCAAAUGA